AUGUACAUUCCGCCUCAAUCGGGACGACUUGAUGCCCGCCAAUAUGAGGUCGGUCUGGACAAGCGACAGAACAAUUCAGGAAGCAAAAAUAACAUCGUUAUUAUUUGUGCUGCAUGUAUUUCCUUUACGGUGGCUUUUAUUUUGAUGAUGUAUUUCGCCUUGCGCGCCCUCCGCCGAAUGAACUGUCGUCCGAAAUAUAUUCCCGGCAAGUACUUGAAGGAUAAAUGGAAUCGAUGGCCUGUGGGGCCUGCCUAUGGUCAAGUGCCCGACAGCCAAGAGGGGAACAAUGCACACAACAACACCUCGGGGAGAGGGUCGGAGAUGAACACCAACAGUGCUGUCCGUCGAGAUACAUCAGUCCGCUCGGUGAUCACCCUUCCCGCCUAUUCGUCGAGCCCGAAGCCCACAGAGCAAGUCAUUGCUCGCGAAGGAGAACGCGGUGGAAUGGAUGUUGUCCUCGAAUUUCCCGAAACCGCCGACGAAGAAGAAGCCCGCAGAGAGGAAUUGAUGGAUUCCCUGUACCAAAUCCGUCAGCAGCGGCGACAGGAACAGGCCGAACGGGAGGCUCGGCGACAAGAGCGUCGCGAAGCUCGUGCCCGUGGUGACUAUAUCCGCCUGGAGCAGCUGCGCAUGCAGAGUCGGGCCCGGACCCAGAGUCGCGCCUCCGUCAACGGCAGCAAUACCAACCUGACUGCGGUGUUGGCCACGGUGGAACAGCAGUCUCGGGGCCGUGACAGGAGGAUCUCUAGUGUCUCCUAUGCCGCUUUAGGCCAGGUUCGGCAUGACGGCUCGCGUGUUCGCGCUAGAUCGCCAGAUUCCGAUCGUCAUCCUCUGUUGUCCAACACUGAUUCCAUCAACACGGAGGGACCAGAUCGGUCAUCCGGUUCAAUGCUGAUGAGCGUCCACUCGCGAGGCGAGUCUUAUUCCUCGAUGCAAUCCACGCCCUCUGAAACCGAUGCUCUGACCCGUCACCACUCUCAAACUCCCUCUGAUCAUUCAGCAGGCCAGGAGGGAGACGUUGGAAGCCUCAGCAUUCCACCUCCGGACUACGAACACUUGGAUUGGGGGGAUGCGCCGCCGUAUGAAAGCCCAGUAUUGGACCGAGGAGAACGUCCUCCCCAAUUGCGGGAAUUAACUCCACUGCCGACAAUUCAAAUCGAUAUGGCCAGCCCCGCCAGCAACACUCCUACUACUCCCACAAGCCACCAGCCAGGGGACGAAAAUCGCCCUCCGGAACAAUCUCUAAACUUGACUGCUUAA